AAUAUAACGUAUUGAUGUGAUGGUUGGCACAGAUGUCGAGUGUCCGGUCAUCGAUUCGUUUGACGCCAACCGAGUGAUGUCUGUUGAGGGCAACCGUAUGCACGACAGGUCCCGCUUCUCCUGCGUUGAGGGCUACUAUCUCUCCGGCACUCAAGAGAUAACAUGCCUUUCAAACGGCCUCUGGUCUGACAGUCCCCCCAAAUGCAAAGUGAUAGAGUGUCCGGCGCUGAACACCGACGAAGACCUAUACGUGCGCGUGAGUGACCACAACCGUACGUACGGGAGUAGUGCCCUGUUUUCGUGCACCACUGGAUACAAACUAAUUGGAGCCCAAUUUGUCACAUGUCUUAAGAAUAGGACGUGGAGUCAGGAUAUACCCCAUUGUGAAGCCAUCAGUUGUGAGCCGCCGAUUGCCCCACAAAACGGUCGAUUACUGGACAAUACACACUAUUUGGCCGGAGAUUACGUACAGUACGCGUGCAAUAGUGGGUUUGUGAUAAUGGGUGAACCACUAGCCAUAUGUAUGGACAACGGAACAUGGUCAUCACCGCCACCCAUAUUGACGGCCAGAUAUAUAGUGUCUUCGCAACGACUCUAUGACCUAAUAGAAGGCGAGGAAGCUGUCGAAUGA